GGGCCGCCAAAGCUGUUCACAUGAGAUGUUAUGUUAUUUGUACAUAUUUACUUGGUCGGCAGGGUGAAGCAAUCCGACGCGCCGAUCGCCUAUGUACUAGAUGAUAUUGACGCCAAAGGUAGGCCUGCCAGCAGCAACUCAAGAGAUAAACAAAACGGUAUAUAACUGCUGGCAUACUUGACAGUCCUUUCCUUCCCAGAAACAAUAUGUCGGUUCUUCAGGCAUACUCUUCCCUGACAUCAAGCUCGCCAAGAGCUACGAUAUCACAGACGCUUCAAUCAAUCGCUGGUGCCCCGCCCAUCAAUCACCCUUCAUGUAAAGCACUCAUUCAGCUCAUCAUCGAUGACCUCCAGGCUGUCAUUAUCAAUGGCUCGUCUAGCCGUUUAAUCAAAGACGACGCAUUGUCCGCUCUUUCUGCCGUCAAGGGACUUGGUAAAAUUCCUCAGGGUGCCCAAGUACUUGCAUCAGUUCCUAACCUCAAAUGUCUUAUAACGCUUGCCAUAAAACUUGAAAGUACUCCUGAUGCAUCGAAUGAAGCUUUGAAAUGCGUUGCCAACACCCUACUCCUCAGUGAACCUGCCCGUACCACGUUGCUGAGUCAAGAAAUUGAUGGAGGAAAUAUCUGUAUCGACCUGCUCCAGAAAUCUGCAACACCCGAGAACACAUUUCUCUCAUCCAGAAUCCUCUUUCUCUGUACAGCAUCCCCUCAUCAAUCUGCUUCCUUCAUUGAAUCUAUCGUUGAGACAAAGCACGCCCACUUUCCUAGAAAUGGAACAAUAAUCGAUGUUAUUGCCCUUAAGUUGGAUGAUUUAAUUUCAUCCAUGCAAGCUGGAAUAAAGAUGUCCCGCGAUGCCAUGACAGAUCUCCUGAAGCUCACCUUCAAUCUCCUCGUACACUAUCCCAAGUUGGUUCCGUCAGAGUCAAAAUAUCCCGCCUUAGAAAGCAGUCCUGAUGAACAAAAGGUGAUGGGUGAUUUCUGGAACUCGCGGCUUGACGGCCUUCUACCUCCGCUUGUUCGUGCCUUUCAGACUAUUCCACUUUCCUCGCCAAAUCCCCUUACAUCGCCGUUAACUCACAUCAUUCACUCGCUGAUCACUAUUCCUGUUGACACGUCAUCCCGAGCGAUAUGGUUCGGCACUCGUCCACAUUCACAUUCGACUACACCACAGCCGAGUUCACCCGAGUCCACAACCUCUUCUUUGACUGGUUCAAGUCAUGAUGACCAGUCAACGCCUAAGGAGCCAAAGGCCAAGCAAUUUGAGCGCGCCAUAUCAUCUGUCAUUUCAGCCGGUCGUCGUUCGUUCUGCCGCUCUCCACGUUCGGACUUGCCUUCCACUGCUGACUGCGUUCCACGCGCUUAUGAACUCCUGGACACGACCCUUGCUUAUUUCCUUCCGGGUGAUAUCGAUCCAGAUGAUCCUGCAGUGCGAGACCUGUGUAAGAUUGAUGGGGACACGUCCCUGGAUGAAAUCGUGUGCCCGCUUGUUAUACUUAUCACACGAUUCUGUCUUGGUGACGAUGAUGCCAAGACAAGAAUAAGACAGUGGUUAGUGCCGGAAGAUCUGGACAGGACGCAUCCUUUGGAGAAGAGAGCAGAUCUUUUAGGCCGAUGUUUGAGACUCCUUGCAUCUGUCUACCACAGCAGAUUGAAGGAUUCUAUGGGAGAAAUGCUAUACGCAAUGUGUGAUUCAAACGCUACAUCCCUUGCUGGUUAUUUCGGAUAUGGCAACGUUGCCGGUUUCCUUUUCCACAAAGGUGUUGUCAGUGCACCGCCUGUCAGCGUGACCUCAGGCGCACCACCAAUUACCGCGUCAGGUUUACCCAUCAACCCCAUCACUGGCACCAUCGAGCAUCCCUCGGAAACCAUCGACAUGACCGAUGAAGAGAAGGAACGCGAGGCGGAAAAGUUAUUUGUGUUAUUUGAUCGGCUGGAGAAGACUGGUGCGCUACCUCCGAGUCAGAAUCCCUAUCGUAAGGCGUUUCAAGAGGGUAAAAUGGGCUAAAUCAGUCUGGAUAUGAACUUAUCAUGGACUUACGAGUAGUUUACUUACCGAUACCAUACCUCUUUUCCCUUUACCUUGAAUCCACAGUUAAUGAAGUAUGAUAGAUCAAGUUGUCAGCUGCAUGA